AUGCUCGUGUACGCUGUCCGAGAAUACACUGCCAUUCUUGCUCUCCUUGCCUUGGUCCCAGCAGCGCUGGCUGAGCCAGUGGAGCCAGGCCCGGCUCUAGAGUCAUUGGAGGCCCGCGCUGCUGCUGCGGCCCCAAUGGACGGAUCCUUCGAGAGCCUGUUCGAGAAGAGAGCCUGCAAAGCUACCAAGUGUAUCUGCAACAAACGCCAGGGACAGUUCUGUGGCAACACCAAGAUCAACAAAUACUGUCUCGAUGACCAUGUCUAUGAAUGCAACCAGGACACGGGAAAGGCGUGCGACUAUGGAUAUAGGACGUCGUGUGACAAGUGUGGAAAGUUGAGCUGCUGA